AUGACAGUGAAGUUUUGGGAAUGUCAAUUGCGAUCGAUUGUUAUGGAUUAUACUAAGAUCCCGCAUUUUGCGAAGUGUAGACAAGUCGGAACUGUGAUAAUUAGAGUCAAAAUGGAGAUAACGGAAUCUACCUGCAGUUCCGAGGCAUGUUGCAGGACUGACUAUCCUCGGCCGAUGCACCGGCCAUUACGCUAUAAAAAAUGUUCUCGAACUAGAUCAAAUAGUGACUGUGGUAGUGGUAUAGCGAGAAGAUGUCGUUCAUACAGAGCGAGUUCCGCAAGAAGCAGGUACGUCAACGUCUGCGCAGCGGUGUGCUUGCUCCUACUCGUGGGCGGACUCUCACCGCAAUCUUCAGCAGCACCGCACAGACGAACUAUGGAAAGGCAACGGAGGUCGUCUCAAGAAAAUAGCCUGUGGGGCAACCCAUGUGAUUAUGAUUCAAACUCCAAGUCUGUAAAAUAUACGGCUAAGCUCGCAAAAGACGUAUCAUCACAAGCGAAAAAUGCUUAUGAAUCAACUGCGAAGUACAAAGAUAAAUUUGCCUUAAAACUUCACAGUUACCCUAGUUUUGACGAAUUACUGACAGUUUGGAGCAGUGACGACUGGCUUAGGAAUUUCACCUGGUUCCCUGAAGAAGGAUUACCAAAAGAAAAAAAUCUCUACCAUGCCAUGCCUAACGAGUAUAUGGAUAAAUUAAUGAAAAAUAUAGAUAAGUUUCUACCAUCAAUGUUCAAAGGCCUCAAGAUGGUUGUGGCAGGACUGUACUCCAUAACGAAGGAAGGCCUUAACGAUGAUAUCUUUUCGGACGCAAGCAUGAAACAUAACAUAACAGAGAGCAUGCACAACGUCCGAGCUGUUCUUUGUUUAUUCGAUGAAAUAAUGCGAGCGCGCAACUUAGAAAUAAUGCCGCUACUGGAUUCUGAAAUCCCGGACAUGAAGAGCGUUGACAAGCUAUCAUACGCUUUACUAGUUUACCGUGACACUCUUAACUACUUGGAAUACCUCGCGCAAGUUUUCCAAAUGAUGUAUGACAUGGACUCAAACAAGGCCGACUGA